AUGGUGAGGAUUUCUGCUGAAGAGGAGAGGCAAAGGUGGCAAAAUAUCCAAGCUAUUCUUCCAAACACUAAUAACCCCCAGAGUCACACCGACGGUUUCAUCAUAAAGGGGAGAAAGAGGCAGACGGAAGACUCAACUCCUGACUCACCCAACAUGAAGUCUCAAAGGCUAAAUGAAGUCCUUCUUCUGCUACUAACACUAUCUCGCUUACUUCGAGGAAGGAAAACAUUCAGGCGCCUUCCAUAUGUGAUGCUUCCUUACCUCCUUCUACUAUGUGGAACGAUAACAAUUUUGACACCCUCUGAUUCAAGAAUUCUCACUUUCCCUUCUAAAAGGAUUUCCCUAUUGGUUAUAAAUCCCUUCUCUCUAAGUCGACCUCUACUAUUGAGAGGCGAGACAAGGCUGAGAAAGAGUUGGAGGCGACGCUCUAGAAGCAGGUGGAUGCCUAUAAUGAAAUCCCAAGAUGCUGAAGGCACUCUAGAAAGACGAGGAGAAGUGGGAGGAGAAGAUGGAAGAUCUGAAGGACAAGGCUAA